AUGUAUCAAGAGCAAAACAGUUUACAAGAAGAAACUCCAACAACUAUCCCUAAAAGGUCAGCUAUGAUAUCAGUGGACAAGAACGAUAUCGCCAAAGCUUUUGAUAAGGCGCUUGACGAAAUAUCAAAACAUAUCAAUGAAGGUGUAUCAGUAUCGACGCCUAUUGGAAAACAGCCCCAAAACAACAAUUUGAAAAUUAGUCCUGCUGAUUCUGACAAAUCAGCGUCAUCGGGUCACUCUAGUCAAUCGAGCGGUCAAACCAGUUCCACUUCUAUCACUGAAGAAUCUAUUGAAAUUAAAGCCUCGGGAAAAUUCAGGAACGAUGGCAGACCCUUACCUUUUAACAUUCAUUUAAAGGAUUCAUUGAGCCGACUGGAAACGGUGGAUGAGAAUCCCGAAGAAGGUCGUACAGCUCCAAGUUCACCAAUUGCUUCUCCAUUCGAUCAGAUCAUGCCCGUUUCAUUGCCUCAAACCCAUUCGGUCUCUUCCCGACAAUCACUGAUGUCUAAUUUAAUUAAGCCACCAACCGUUAAGGUGGUUUCCACGCAGGGAAAGGCCGCGCAUGACUACGUUAUUCCAAAAACUUCUUCGCGAACUAGCUGCAUCGCGUGUAUCCAUGGGAAUGUUUUAUUGAAACCUUGUGGUCAUAGAAUGUGUGAAUCAUGUGUUCAUAUUUUACGUUCAAAUACGGUCAAAAGUUCUUUCAAAACAUAUUCUGAAUGUAUAUUAUGCAAGACGCCCGUUGCGGAAUUUGUUACGUUUUCCGGUAAAAAAGAGAGCCAGAGUGGUAAUAUUUCCCCAGCGAAAACAAACAUGAACAUUCAAUUUAUGCAGAAUAUUACCGAAGAUGAUGCUCUCCGUCCACUAUCUUGGGUUUUUCCCAAUAUGACACCGUUGACUACGAGACCUGUUCAAGCAAUGGCCUCCGUAACUAAUAGACCCCAACAGAUCCAAUUUGGGGAACUAAGCAAAUUAGCUACUGCCUUCAAUUGGCCCGUUAUUCCGUGGGAUGUUUCAUUGAAGGAAAUAAAAACGUUUCUUUCAGCUUUCAAGUUACCUAGUGUAUCAUUGUAUUCACAAUGCAUUCAUAUCAUAAUGGAUAGAACAUCAGGAAAAACACUUUCUGAAGCGUAUAUCGAAUUGGCGACACCUGCGGAGGCACACCGUGCGGUUGAUACACGUAAUAUGAAACCGUUAAAGGGACGUCUCGUUUCAUGUAUGAGAUCAUCUCAGGAAGAUCUUAUGAGAGCGGUCUUUCCAAAAUGGAAAGGGGAAUUUUCUGGUUGCGACGCUGUCGUGACUUCAGAAAUGUUACAAUCAACACCAACUGUACCGCAUAUUCCAUUUAUCACGAGAGAAGAAAUGAAUUCGCUUUUG